AGAAAUUCAAGCACUAGCUAGCUAUAUAAAUAGCUUUUCAUGCAUAUGCUAUACGAUAUCAUUGAUCAUCACAAAUUCAUAUAUAAUAUGGCUUCCAAACCUGGCAUCCUUACAAAUUGGCCUUGGAAACCUCUUGGGAGCUUCAAGUUCAUGAUUCUAAGCCCGUGGAUUGCACAUAGCAUAUACUCAUUCAUAUGGGUUGAAAGAGACCCAGUUUACUAUCUCAUAUUUCCAUUUAUAUUGGUGAGAAUGUUACACAACCAAAUUUGGAUUUCUAUCUCACGCUACCAAACAGCUAAGGGCAAAGGCAAAAUUGUUGACAAAGACCUCAAUUUCCAACAAGUCGACAGAGAAAUCAAUUGGGAUGACCAAAUUUUGUUUACCGCACUCCUAUAUUAUAUAGGAUACACAAUAUUUCCUAUAGCUGCUAACUUACCAUGGUGGAGAAUAGAUGGUGUGAUUCUUACAACAAUAUUACAUGCUGGACCAGUGGAGUUCUUAUACUAUUGGCUACAUAGAGCACUUCAUCAUCAUUAUUUGUACUCUCGUUAUCAUUCUCAUCAUCAUUCUUCAAUUGUUACUGAGCCUAUCACUUCUGUUGCACACCCAUUUGCUGAGCACUUGGCAUAUUUUACACUUUUUGCUAUUCCAAUGUUGACAACAUUGUUCAUCCACAAAUCUUCUGUUGCUGCACUAUAUGGCUAUAUAUUUUACAUUGAUUUUAUGAACAACAUGGGUCAUUGCAACUUUGAGUUUUUUCCCAAGAAACUUUUGUCCUUCUUUCCCCUGUUGAAGUAUCUCUCAUACACACCAUCGUCUCACUCAUUGCAUCACACCAAAUUUAGGUCCAACUACUCACUCUUCAUGCCUAUUUAUGACUACAUUUUUGGUACCGUAGAUAAAUCUACUAAUACUACAUAUGAAGCCUCGUUGAAAAGACCAAAAGAGUCACCGGAUGUGGUUCACUUAACACAAUUAACCACACUUGAUUCAAUCUACCAAUUGCGCUUAGGCUUUUCUUCCUUAGCCUCCAACCCUCAAACAUCUAAAUGGUACCUCAAUUUAAUGUGGCCCUUUACAAUGUUCUAUAUGCUAAUGACAUGGAUUAGUAGAAGUGCUUUUGUUUUAGAAAGCAACACAUUUCAUGAUCUCAAGUUACAGUGUUGGCUUAUACCAAGAUUUAAUACACAAUAUUUUUCAAAAAGACAAAACCAAACAAUGAACAACUUGAUUGAAGAGACAAUUAUGGAGGCUGAGUUAAAUGGAGCAAAGGUGAUUAGUCUAGGACUUUUAAAUCAGAAGCAACAACUUAGUUCACAUUUUAAACUUUAUAUUCGAAGAUUCCCACAACUAAAGAUAAAAGUUGUAGAUGGCACUAGCCUAGCUGCAGCUAUUGUGUUGAACAACAUUCCUAAAGGGACAAAUCAAGUGCUUCUUCGAGGCAAGUUUAAUAAGACUGCGUUUGUCAUUGCUAAUGCUUUAUGCAAGAAAAACAUACAGGUGGUUGUAUUAUAUAAGGACGAAUUUAAAGAGCUUGAACAAAGGGUCGUCAUAAAAGGAAAGUUGGCUCUUUCACCAAUCAAUAUUCCAAAGAUAUGGUUAGUUGGAGAUGAAUGGGAUGAAUAUGAACAAAUGCAAGCAUCAAAAGGAUCAUUAUUCAUUCCAUUUUCACACUUCCCUCCAAAGAAAAUGAGAGAAUGUUGUUUCUACCACUAUACACCAGCAAUGAUCACUCCUACUACAUUCGUGAAUUCGCACUCUUGCGAGAAUUGGCUUCCAAGAAGAGUUAUGAGUGCAUGGCGUAUUGCUGGAAUAAUUCAUGCUUUAGAAGGAUGGAAUGAACAUGAGUGUGGUGACACUAUACUCAAUUAUGAAAAAGUAUGGAAAGCAAGUAUUUGUCAUGGUUUCCAACCUCUAAAGAUUCUCACAAACUAAGCAUGACUAAUUAAUGGGUUAUAGAUAUACAUUCUUCAAGUUUGUGUUGUCAAAGUUUGGUUUACCUCAAUAAGGCCAUGGUUCACUAUAGUUUUCCAUCUCUAAAAUUUUCAUGUAUGCUAUUUAAAUCUUCAAAAUGUAUUGUGAAAUAAUUACUACCUAAAUGCAUAUGAAUGUAAUUUUAUUUAAUAUGAAGCUCUAAACUUAUUAAUAUUACUUGAUCAGUUCCAUUUAUCAA